AGUAACCGUUCUCGGUCGGCAGCGCGCGGCCGGGCCCGGCCCGGCUCCUCUCAGCGCCGCUGCCGGCCUCGGGGCGGCUGUUAACGGGUGUUCAGGGGGUUUCUGGGCCUCCUGUUCCCCGUGGGCGAUGGACGUGUCGAGGGACUUCUUUGGCAAGCUGCGCGCCCUCGCCCUCACGCUGGAGAAGGAGACGAGGCAGCUGGAGCGGGCCCUGCGCAGAGAGGACACGGACUAUGAAGAUGAAUCUCCAAUAAGAGUCUUACAUGACCUCCAUUGUGAAAUGAGAACUCUGAAGGAAGAUGUUAAUGCCAGUCUUGGUAAGAGUUGUUCUGAAAAACAAGCAAUUCAUGACUUUAUGAAGGCAAGUGAAAUACUGAUGCAAAGAAAUGGAGCAGAUCUUGGAAAAAUAAGAGAGCUGUUCCAGAAAUAUGGCUACAAACCACAUGUCAAAGACUCUACAGAAGAGGAGGAAGAAGUUAACAGUGAUUUGGCAGUGUCUGUCCAGAAUAAAUCUGAUGAAGAAAAAGCGGAUGAUAGAUCUCAUCUUCCUGCUUGUACUGAGAAGCCACCGGUGCCCAAAGACCCACUGCGUAACCCCCAGCUUUCUGAUUUUGGUCUUUCACAAUAUGCGUUCUCCAGGCCUUGGAGUGCAGUGAAAGGACAACAUGCAACAAAUGCACAUCAAGAAAAUUCAAAGAACAGAACUCUUCUAAAAACACAGAGCCCCUGUAUUUUGCCCAAAACACCAAAAUGUAUGCUUAAGAUGGACGAUUAUGAGUGUGCAACACCAAAACUUGAACACUUUGGCAUUAGUGAACAUACCAUGUGUAUGAAUGAAGAUUUUACAAUGUCACUUAUUCGUAAAGCUGCUCAGACAAGCAAGUUGGUUAAAAAAGACGAUCAUGAAGUGAAUAUACCACAAAUGACAUCCAGGAAAAUCAUGGUUACUCCUGGGCAAAAACCAAAAGCGACAGCUGAUAACGCAGCUGACUGGAUGGCUUCUCCUAUGAUACUUGUGUUCCGUACUCCUGAUAUGAAAACCCCUUCCCGAACAAAUUGCACAUUAUCAAGGUCACCAGAGAUAAAUGAACUGCCUCGUCCCACUCAAACACCACAGUUUCCAGAUUUUGAAACAAGAUGGCUAAAAACAGAAGCUAAGCAGGUAAAGCAGGGGGAAAAGAUGGAGUCUGUGACAAAGAAUGAUGCAACAGAUAAACAACACGUAGAAGAUAGUAUUCCUUCUGCUGUGAGCUCUAAUGAGUAUCUUAAACAUUUUGAAGACCCUUCUCCUCCCAAAAUAAAACACUAUGACCAGUUACUCAAUACUCCUCCAGCUCCAGAAAUAACAAGGAUACCAGAUGAUGUUCUACAGAUUCUGUCCAAGUAUAAUCAUAAAGUAGACUCUUCUAAAGCUAAGGAAAUGGAGACCAAGGCAGGAAAUACUACGAGGUAUGAAAGUGACUUCACUGAUUCCUGCAACAAAGAAAACAGAGGAUAUCCUGGAUUUUUCAAGCCAAACAUCUGAAAGCAAGCUGAAGACCAUGUUGAGACUUUCACAUUCAUGGAUCUUAUCACUGAAUCAUAACAACCUCAAAAAGCAAAAGAAAAUACUGGUGGGAAGAAAGAGCUGUAUGAAGGAAAAGCUUUUUUUAAUGGAGGAAGUUUGAUGUAGAUAAACUUGUUUGCAUGAACAAUUUGUGCUUAAUUUUUAAUUGAAAUUAUUGACAGAAUCUGUUGAGGGUUUUUAAAUAUACAUAUGCUUCAAAGAGGACUGGGGUCGCGUAUGAGGUAGUACUGCAGUUGUUUCACGUGAUUCUCAUUGUUGUCUAUGCUUGCGUUUGCAGCAGGCUGUAGAGAAUGUAGUUAGGUUGCAAUGAAGGGAAAAUACAGUAUAUUCCCCCAGAAAGUGGAUAUCUCUGGCAGUUCUGGUGACACUGUAUAUCUCUUCAGGGCUGCGCUUGGAAGUGUAGUACUUCAACAGUAUUUGGUAUCUUCAACAGAAACAAGUCUUUUUCUGUGAAGAGUAACUUCUGUUUAAAGCACUUCUGUGCUGUUAGUCACUUCUGCAAUACUAAGACAUAUCAAACCUAUCCCUGCAUUAGGCUGUUACCUCUCUGAUGGACAGGUAUUUCUUAUGCUGCUGCUUCUUUCUUAUUUUAGUUUUCUUACAUUGACAUCAUGUGCUCUACAUCUGUUUUCCUUUUGACAGCCUAACCUCUCCAACCCUAAAAGGUGACUCU